CAAAUGUAUCACUGUAGACUUUUUUCUUUCAAAGAAGAAUCACUUCCGCUCCUUGGUCCGACUGUAGCUAACCCUGUCCUGACUCCUUGGAGAAGAGAGAUUGUCAAGAUGGCAGGCCGCCGCAUAGCCCUGAAGGCCAUCGACUGGGUGGCGUUUGCUGAGCGUGUUCCCCCAAACCAGAAGGGCAUGUUCAAUGCCCUGAAGACCCGCACUGACGCCAUCUCCGCUAAACUGGCUUCCCUGCCGGAGUCUCCCGUUGCCAUUGACUGGAGCUUUUACAAGACUGCUGUGGCCAAAGCUGGAAUGGUUGAUGAGUUUGAGAAGAAGUUCAAAGCACUGCAGAUCCCCCAACCAGUUGAUACGCAGACAACUGCCAUCAACGCUCAGGAGGUAGAAGCUGACAAAGACGCCCAAGCUUAUGUGGAAGCGUCAAAAGCUCGUAUUGCCCAGUAUGAAGAAGAGUUGAAUAAGUUUAGGAAUAUGAUUCCUUUCGACCAGAUGACCAUUGAAGAUUACAACAACACCUUCCCUGAGACCAAGCUGGACAAGGUCAAAUAUCCGUAUUGGCCACACAAGCCUAUUUCUGAAUUGUAAUUAAUCCAGUGAAUUGACACUUCCCAAUAAAAAAUACAUAUUUUAAAUGUA